GACACGCUAUCAGCAUAGAUAGAACUGCAAAAAGCCAUAUGGUUUUGUUUAUUUAUUUGUUUUUAAUUUCUUGCACGUUUCAUUGAGUCUAAACAAAAUUUUAUUUGUACGAACUCUAUUAUUUCAAAUGCAAAAAUGACUUCUGAUAGUAAAAAGCAAAAGAAGCAUUCUAAAUUAAUAUGUCUACCGGGUCAGCGUCUUUGUCUUUCUGAUGAAAAUACCAUAUCUGGACAAGGGACAUACGAAAGAAUGGGCUAUAUCUAUGCCACACUUGCGGGAACUGUAAACAUUAGCGAAAAAGAUAAUUGUAAGUUUAUAGAAGUUCAAUGUGCGGGCAGCCAAACCAUUGUUCCUGUGGCCGGUGAUGUGGUGACGGCACGAGUGUUACAGGUCAAUCAGCGGGCAGCAAAGUGUUCCAUUCUAUGUAUAGGUGAACAUGUUUUGGAACAAAAUUACCGGGCUAUGCUACGCAAGGAAGAUGUUAGGGCUACAGAGAAAGAUCGUGUCGAAAUGUACAAAUCAUUUCGACCAGGCGAUAUAAUAUUGGCCAGAGUGCUCCCACAAACAGAACUUUCUUGCUAUCAAUUAAGCACAGCAGAAAAUGAAUUAGGUGUAGUCAUAGCUAUUUCAAACGAAAGUGGACCGAAUGGUCCUCCUAUGGUUCCCAUAAGUUGGACUGAAAUGCAGUGCCCAAAUACCUUGGUGAAAGAGCCACGUAAAGUGGCUAAAAUUGUGCCUGCUAGCGCAGUAAAGACGGAACAUUAAUGACUGAUUCCAAUAUACAUAUUUUUUAGAAAUGACAAAUAAUAAACCUGAUAAACAUAUAUUUA